AUGGAAAAUGUGGGAUCAGCUGAUGCAGCAUCAAUAGGCACUACAUUGCGUUUGUUAGAGCCACCACGAUCGUUGUGGGAGUCAUCAUCUGGAGGUCAAUUGUCGUGUUACGGUAGCUUGACCGCAUCAACCUCAUCAGUUUGCGCUCCAACCAUCCAUCGACAAAAAUUAUCCAACACACCUGCUUAUGAGAAGCUACCGAGAUCGGACAGUGCUACUUCUAUGGAAGCACCGAAAUUUCAUUACAAUAUGGAUUUUGAUUUACGCGCAUUGAAAGAAGCUUUAAAGUCAGCGGAAUUUUUGGAAGAAUCCGGUUAUCAAUCCGUUUUAGAACGUUCACAGUACAAUCAAUACGGUACAGGAUGGAUUAUUCGUCAAGAUAUGAGCGAAGUAAACAGUGAUACUGAUGAUAAUUGGGGUAAGCAAAUUCAUCCUUAA